ACGCUCCGCGCAUGCCGCGCCCACCGCGUCUCCGCAUACAUCGCGCCGCGGCGCCGUGCCGCCCAGUGCCGUGACCGUCACGCGUGCGCGUGUGUGAGUGCGUGUCUGUGUGAGUGCAGUGCGACCGGCUGGUGCCCGCAGCCUAGUGAUACUCUUGGUUGGAUUGACGGCGCCUGCUUCUUGCUCCUGGUGUUGCUCCUGCUGCUCUUGCGGUGCAGUACGGCUACCGGCAACAGCGCGGCCCCCGCCCGCCGGCCCGGCCCAGCCCGGCCAGGAUAUAACCUUGGAGUGCCACGGUCAAUGCUCGGGCGGUUGCUGUUCACGCGUUCAACCCGAGGUUGCCACUCGUCCUGGAUGCCGCCCCAGUGCUCGGCCCGCCGGCAGCAGCAUGCCCCUCGCCAGCCCCGGCAUCGUGGUGGCAACCCUAGGGGCGCUGGACCCGCUGGACCCGCUGGCGGCCAUCCCCCACAUUGACAGCGACGAGGAGGAUGGGCUGGCCGGCAAGACGCUCCCCGCGGCCCAGGGCGGCGCCUCGCCGGGCCCGCCGGGGCCCCCGCACAGGGAAUGCCUGCGCUCGGGGAGCGUGGUUCCGCCCAAGAGCAUCGCCGAGCUCUCGGACCGCCAACUGUCCGGCGGCGUGCAGCUUCCAGGUGUCCACGACGUCACCGGCCGCCCGCUGGUGCUCUACGACGUGGAGGCCGCCGAGGCCGCCAGAGUCACCACCACCGAGCUGGCCGCCGCCCUCUUCUACUUCAUGGCCGUCGUCAGGCGUGACAUGCGCGGCGACGGCGUGACGCUGCUGGCCGCGAUGGACACCCUCCCGGACUGCGAGCAAGGCCUGCGGCGACUGCGCGCCCUGGACGAGGCGCUGUGCCUGCUCACCACGGACGUGAAGCUGUCCAGCAUGCUGGUGUGCCAGACGCGGCCGGGGUCCCCCACGGGGUCCCCGUCGCGGGCGCGGCCGGCCAGCGCGGCCCGGGGGAAGGGGGUGCUGCCGCUCAGCGACGUCCAGUUCCACAUCCUGGGGGACAGCGUGGCGCAGCGCAACUUCCUGACGGACGGCGCGCUGCCCGCGCGCUGCGGCGGCACCCUUCGGCACAACCACGCCGCCUGGGUGGCCUUCUACCAGGACCUGGAGCCGUUCCUCGAGGCCUGCCAGUGCUGCGGCCGCGUCCUGGCCGCCGUCAUGGGGCAGCUCGCCGACCCCCAGCCCGGCGUCCAGCACGGCGUCCAGCACGGCGUCCAGACCGCCGCGGGGCCCGUCGCCUGCAGCACGCCCGGCGCCCCGCCCAGCAACACGCCCUGCAACACGCCCUGCAACACGCCGGAGAGGCCGGUGGACUGCCCGGCCGGCCAGGUCCAGGAGGCGGAGUCCUCGGAGCCCUCGGGGCUGCUGCACUCGGAGCAGAGCGCCCUGUGCCGAGCCCUGUCCCAGCCCGCGCUGCUGCGGCUGCGCAGGGAGGGGCCCCGCGUGCUGGCCAAGCUGCGCGACUACCAGGACAAGCUGGCCCACAGCGAGGACGUCAGGCUGUCGCUGGAGCGCGCGGAGCGCCUGUACGCCGAGGUGGACCGCACGGCCGUGCGCCUGGAGCAGCUCGGCGAGUCACGGCGCGAGCGGCUGCGCCACGCGGCCCGGCUGCGCGCGCUCCGCGAGGAGACCACGCAGGUCCUGUCCUGGGUGGCGCACACCGGCGAGGACUCGCUGCAGCGCCACGCCAACAUGGGCAGCACCCUGCCCGCCAUCCGGCAGCAGGAGCUCGAGUUCGACAAGUUCUACUUCGUCUCCAUGCGCCACCUGGACAAGGGCAGCGACCUUCUGGACGCGGCGGGUGUCGGGGACGACGCCAGUCAGGAUGGGCGCAGCACGCUGUCUGACCUGGCGCGCUCGCUGCGCCUCACUCUGCGAGGGUUCAGCGACCGCCUGGAGGGCACGCGCGAGCGGCUGGAGGACACGUCGCGCUGCUUCCACCUGCUGGACCGCGCGCUGGGCUGGGCGCUGGACACGGCCAAGACGCUGUCCAGGACGGCGCAGGCGCAGGGCCCCCAGGGCGCCAACGCCACCGUGGCGGACUGGAAGCAGCUGCAGCACCACCUGAUGGCCCACCCGCCGCCCGAGCAGGCCCAGCUGGCCGAGAUGCUGCAGCUGGCGCGCAAGCUGCGGAACGACCGCCUCCUCGAGCAGUGCAAGAUCGCCCACUCCCGCUGCCUGGAGACGCUGGAGCAGAUCCGCGCGCUGCAGUGCCGCGUGGCCGACAGCGACCAGGACGUGGCCGCGACCGCCCUCCAGACGGCGGCCGGCACUCUGGGCGCCGCCCCCGCCUCCAACUUCCCCGUGGGCCGCCGCCGCUCCGUGGGCUCGACGCCGGGCUGCGGGGGCCUAGGGGCGCUCGGGGGGCUCGGGCUGUGGGAAGGCCGCUCGCCGACCGCCUGCACCGGCACGGCGGCCAGCACCACGAGCAGCGCGGCCAGCCUCGGCGGCGACGUCCUCGCCAACAUCCGGGAGGAGGACCAGGGCCCCGACGACGGCCACGCCCUCAGCCAAGCUAGUCAUGGCGUCAACGGCAGCCCCAGCACCGACUCAGGUCAGCAUGGCGGUGCCCCGCGGUGCUUAACUGUGGGGAAAUGGGUUUACCGGGACGAGACUCUUCCUGCAGGUUUCGGCUGCUGUUCAGGCGGGGACGCCAGCGGCGACGCCAGCCCGUCGGGGUGCUCUUGCUCGCUGGGACCGCAGGCCGGCGGUGACAGCGGCCGCGGCCCGAACAGCGUCAGCAGCGGCGGCAGCGGCGUGCUGCGUGGCGGCGGCGCGCACCACGGCCUGCUGCACCACCAGGACGACGGCCACGGCGGCCACGACGCCGACGGCCCGGAGCGCCACGUGCUGCGCCGGUCCUGCUCCUGGCAGUACGCGGCCGAGCCCUUCGACGACGACUGCAACCGGUCGGUGGCCUCGGGGGCGUCGGGCUCGGGCUCGGCGGACUCCUCCACCGCCGACGAGCACAAGCUGGGCUACUCGUCGUCCCUAGUCGACCACACGACGGAGCCGAGCGAGGCGUGCCCUCAGAGUGGCGAGGAGCUGGACGAGCAGGACGAGCACGGCGACAACGACCGGGAGGAGGACAAGGGCCCCGGCAAGCUGUCGGCGCCGGUGCCCGUCAACAGCCACCUGCACACCCACGCGUCCAACCUGUCCCUCAACAGCACCGGCGAGCCCGCCAAUGCCAACCCCGCCAACCCCGCGGCGGAGCAGCAGCGCAAGACGCAGAAGACCCUCCUGCUUAUCAUGCGGGAAAUGAUCCAAACUGAACGGGAUUACGUCAGGUCCCUUGAAUAUGUUAUUGAGAAUUACAUCCCUGAGCUGGUGCGAGAGGACAUACCGCAGGCACUCCGCGGACAGAGAAAUGUCAUUUUCGGUAACAUUGAGAAAAUCUUCGAAUUUCACUCCCAGCUCUUUUUACGCGAGCUGGAGAGGUGUGAGAAAAGUCCUCUGAGCGUGGGUCAAAGCUUCCUCAGACACGAAAGCAAAUUCUAUUUAUAUGCACUUUACAACAAAAACAAACCAAAGUCAGACGCUCUGAUGUCAGAGUAUGGAUCAAUCUUCUUCAAGUCGAAGCAAGUGGAGCUGGGCGAUCGGAUGGACCUGGCCAGCUACCUGCUCAAGCCCGUGCAGCGCAUGGGCAAGUACGCCCUGUUGCUGCAGCAGCUGCUCAAGUCCGCCGGCGCGCACGAGCAGCUGGCGCAGCAGAUCGCGGUGGUGCCCCAGACCAAGGGGCAGCUGCAGCACCUGGGCCAGCUCGCCGAACUGGCGGAGGCCGACCAAAUGGUGCGCUUCCAGCUCCGCCACGGCAACGACCUCCUGGCCAUGGACUCGCUGCGGGACUGCGACGUGAACGUGAAGGAGCAAGGUCGCCUCCUCCGCCAGAACGAGUUCCUAGUGUGGCAGGGGAAGGGCAAGAAGUGCCUGAGGCACGUGUUCUUGUUCGAGGAACUCAUUCUGUUCAGCAAGGCGCGGCGUUUCCCCGACCGUAAGAACCUAGACCUGUACAUCUACAAGCACAGCAUCAAGAUGACGGACAUCGGGCUCACGGCCCGUUUGGGCGACACCUCGACGCGGUUCGAAAUCUGGUUCAGAAAGAGAAAGCCGCACGACAUCUUCACGCUGCAGGCUGCCACCCAGGACGUGAAGCAGGCAUGGACUGAGGACAUCUCUCAGUUGCUCUGGAAACAGGCACUCAAAAACAGAGAGGUGCGCCUAGCAGAAAUGUCUUCAAUGGGCAUUGGCAACAAACCGUGCCUCGACAUCCGUCCCUCGGCGGAUCAGAUAAGUGAUCGCUCGGUCAGCAUAGCUCAGCUGAGUAAAGGGCCGCGGCUGCGGGGCUCCCCCUCCGUGCCCCCCGCGGAGGGCGACCGCACCAGCGCCAGGCGCCCGCACUCCGUCAUCUCGGUGGGCAGCAGCAGCGGGGCGUCCUCGUCGACGUCCUCGUCGUCCUCGUCAUCCAACGCCUCGUCCUCCUCCAACUCGUCCAGGUCGCGCCCCGGCGACACGUCGCUCUGCUCGGCGGAGAGCGGCAUCAUCUCCGACAUGUCCGAAGGCGGCAGCAGCCGCUGGGGCUCCCGAGAGGCGAGAGCCGAGGAGCUGAACGAGAGCAACUUGUCGAAGCGGAGCGAGCGGAGCGACCUCGCCCUGUCGCCGCGCAUCCACAACUCUGAGACUGAAGAUAUUUGUAUCAAGCUUUAAUAGACUCUAUUUACAGAUUUUUUUAAUUUGGACCAGUGACUUUGCGCGUUUGCUUGUACAUGUCUGCUUACUAUGUCGCAUCUGUUCGCAUCGCGGGCGAAGAGUAUUCAAAUUCACUGCCAACUCUUCCAGCCUUCAAUGCGAAUGUGAACCCAGACGUGAUUAGGCGGUAGUGCCUGCAGAAUGCCGAACGUGUCGCUGCAGAGCGGCAAGGCGGCAAGGCGGUGGGUGGGGCGGGCCGCCCUCGGCCACCCUAAAAGAAAAUCCACUGAGCCGCGCCACACUCCUUGUAUUAUUGUUCACAUUUAAAUUAUUCAUUGCAUUUAUUUGUAUGUUACCUGAUUAUGUGUGCAUAUUAUUUUACAAUUUGAAAUGUAAAUUAGGAUUAAAAUAUGUGUACAUAGAUGUUAUGAAUGUGUUUAGUGCCAGAUUCUGUUACACCUUUUGGAGCCUGAACUGAAAGGGCUGUUACAUUAUAUUAUAGUGGAAUCCCUUUGCAAGCACCGGCAUUGUUCUAUUGGAGUCUGAAUGGAAUGUUUUGCUUGUGUAACCUUAAGCAGUGUAAAAAUAUCAGUCAAAUGAGAGAGAGGAGGACAUUGAAAAUAUACACUAACACCUCUGUAAUCUAUGUUAUCAGUAGGUGAUUUUUGUACUUGUCAUUUACACGUGUUUCUGUGCCAAAGUGAAGGAAUGUAGCCUGUCUGUAAAUUUUUUGCCCCUCAUAAAAUUGUCUGAAAUAAUGAAUUAUCCAGUUUCUGUGCCUUCUGCUUUUCUUUGGCCAAGUAGUACAUUGGUCACUCUGUCAUAUCAGCUUCUAUCGUGUGCGCAACCGUAUGUAGAUUAAGUCGCUCCAUGUAAAGGCUUCAGUGUAGCUUCAUCGAUACAACGUUUGGGUGUGGAAGUAGUUAUCUUCUUACUGAGUGUAAUGUUAAGUCAGAUCUGGUAGAUAAUCAGACGUAACAGAGCCUACUGUAGACUUCAACAGACUAAACAUCAAUUUUAAGCAAAUAAAGAAUUUUUAUAUGUAUGUA